AUGAGCCCGUUACCAAUUCACCGAAAUAGGGUUGGCAAGAAAAGAACCUCCUGCGACAGAUGCCAUACUCUGAAAAGCAAGUGUGCCAGAGCUCCAGGUUCAGAACGCUGCAGCCGAUGUGAGCGCAUUGGAAUCCGCUGUGUUUUCAGUGCAUCGAUGAAGUUGGGAAGACCAAAAUCACUUGGAAUUUUCCAAUCACCCACACACCAAUACCACAAAGAUAUAGGUGAGGAACGCUCUAGGCCAAAAGUUGUGCCACUUGCACUAAUACGAACGCGCAAAGAGCCUCACGCGACGUGCGCUUCUUCGUCUGGUAUCAGCGCAACCCCAGUAAGCGCUCCCACAGACAUGCGGCAACAAUGGCCAGUGCAGAACAUGACUUCUGAUAGUCCAUCGCCGCCCUUGCAUAUUGUGCCACAGUUUUAUCAGGGAGAUUCCGCUAUCAGCCAGUCUCCGACGCCCUUCAAUUACCAUGAACUGAGUGCAUCUCUCUCGUGCGGGGUGGAUGAUCCCUUGCUCCUAACAGAAAAUGACUCCGAUUGGCUUUUGAAUUCAUCAAAACUAGAUACUCUUACAGGGGGAAUUCCCCAAGUCGCCAACCUGGCGGACUUCCGUAGUUCAUCUUGGACUACCUCCCCGGUUCCAAUUUCAGCACCCAAUUUCUCGGAAUGUUUAUCAAAUCCCAAUUCGCCUAGUGACUGGAACUGCAAGGGAGAUACAAACACGCCUAUGUACAAGCUCUCAAAGCUCCAUCUGGAACUAGAUGAUCUUCUCAGCAUUCCAACAAACUGCAAAGGCACGGUGCAUCCAAAUGAUAUAAUGUCCUCUCCCAGCAGCCCUUUUCCCAAGACCGCCGCAUCCACUCCCACCACUCCCACUGCUGCAGUCGACGCGAUUUUCUUGCUAAGCGAAAACCUCAUCGAAAUAAUGCAAGAGCUAUACCAAGAAGCAAGUACGGCAGCGUACCCGUCUCUUCACAUUUAUCCUUACAUGCCCCACGCCUCACCAUUACGACGGAGAUGCUCAUCUAAUUCACAACAGAGUCACUUGGGCGGACAGCAACAAGAACCAGCAACUGCCCUCAUUACACUUACCUGUUAUCUCCGCCUUCUUGGGAUUUACGAGACGCUCGUAAUACCCCUUUACCACUAUUUUCAGCAACACCAGAAAGAGCUCGAUACUCAUCCAAAUGCCCCGUUUCCUUUGCCAUUGCCUCUCCCAACUUUCAAGUUGGGUCGAUACGAGCCAACUAGCACCUCCGAUGUGAGCCUGGGUCUCCUCCUCCAUCUCCUCUUACGGACUCUUGAGUGUUUACAUACCACCCUUGGCCUAUACCUUCCUACAACCUCACUUAGCCCCCACAGUCUUUGGGCAUAUGACGGGCGUCCUCCGGCUUCCGCUACAAAUUCGCCAACCUCAGCCUCAGACUAUGUCGAGGCAAGAUCGAUAUCGCCAAUGGCGGACAACUAUCAGCACGAUGAAUUUCGUGUGUCACCGGACUCGUGUAGUCAUGUAACGUUACUUACUGAGUCCGCGUUGAGCGAGGCGGGGAGACUUAAUAUGUCCUGUUCAAUCCCCAUCUAA